AUGGAAACGGAGAAGAGGAAGUUUGCGAGAUUGAUCAGAAGAACAAUAAGAGGUGAGUGAGUCUGUUUAUUUUUUGCUUUUCUCAUUGGUUUGCUAUUUCAGUCGAUGAAAUGGCAUUGAAUGGACUUAUUUUCUGCGACACACCAAUCUUGAGAAAGUUUAUGAUCGAUACCAUCCUCGUGCCGGACAACUUGUAUCAAAUGACAAUUAUGCGAAGCGGUUUUACAGUUCAGGAUGGGAUCACCGGACGCAUAAUUAUCGGAAGAGUCUACAAAUGGAGGAAGGUUCCGAUCAACGAGCUGCUCCUGUUCAUCCUUCAAGCAAUGAACACCGAUAAUAAUUUUGUCGUUAGUCUGGAGAGUGAGUUUGCGUUUCUGACGCUUUCAAGACAAACUUCCUUCCUUGCAGCAAACGUGAAGCACUUUACCAAAAUGCAUACGGCGCUCGAUAGGAUUCCCCGGGUGGUUUGCCCUGAUGUUACCCUGAACCGUCACGAAACGAGAGCGUCGGAUUGCGCGUGGUUCUUUGAGCAGAAGUCCACCUAA